AGGGAGAAAAGAAGAGAAGCCGGGCUUGCGGCGGGAGCAGCGGCAGCAGCAGCAGCUGGAGGAGCGAGAGAGAGAAGUAGCGGUUCCUUGUGAAGAUGUCCAAUAACAGUGUGGACAUCCAGGACAAGCCUCCGGCCCCUCCGAUGAGAAACACCAGCACUAUGAUUGGAGCUGGCGGGAAAGACGCUGGGACCCUGAACCACGGCUCCAAACCUUUGCCUCCAAACCCUGAGGAAAAGAAGAAAAAAGACCGAUUUUAUCGCAACAUCUUACCAGGGGAUAAGACCAAUAAAAAGAAGGAGAAGGAACGGCCCGAGAUUUCACUUCCUUCUGAUUUUGAACACACGAUUCACGUUGGAUUUGAUGCUGUUACUGGAGAGUUCACGGGGAUGCCAGAACAGUGGGCUCGCCUGUUGCAGACGUCCAACAUCACCAAAUCUGAGCAGAAGAAAAACCCUCAGGCUGUGCUCGACGUGUUGGAAUUCUACAACUCCAAGAAAACUUCCAACAGCCAAAAGUAUAUGAGUUUUACAGAUAAGUCGACGGAAGAUUACAACUCAUCGAACACUUUGAAUGUGAAGAGUGUGUCUGAGACACCUGCUGUCCCUCCAGUUUCAGAGGAUGAAGAUGAUGAGGACGAUGCUGCUCCCCCUCCAGUGAUAGCGCCUCGGCCAGAGCACACAAAAUCCGUGUACACACGGUCAGUGAUCGACCCUAUUCCUGUCACUCCAACUCGCGAUGUGGCUACAUCUCCGAUCUCCCCCACCGAGAAUAACAACACUACCCCUCCAGACACCCUGACCCGCAAUGCCGAGAAGCAGAAGAAGAAGCCCAAAAUGUCAGAUGAAGAGAUCUUGGAGAAAUUAAGGAGCAUUGUGAGCGUGGGUGACCCUAAGAAGAAGUAUACUCGGUUUGAGAAGAUUGGACAAGGAGCUUCAGGAACAGUGUACACAGCAAUGGAUGUGGCCACUGGACAGGAGGUGGCCAUCAAGCAGAUGAACUUACAACAGCAGCCCAAGAAGGAGCUAAUCAUUAAUGAGAUCCUGGUCAUGAGGGAAAACAAGAACCCCAACAUAGUGAACUACCUGGACAGUUACCUAGUGGGAGAUGAGCUGUGGGUCGUCAUGGAAUACUUGGCUGGUGGCUCGUUAACAGACGUUGUGACUGAAACCUGCAUGGAUGAAGGACAGAUAGCAGCUGUGUGCCGGGAGUGUCUUCAGGCCUUGGAGUUUCUGCAUUCCAGCCAGGUCAUUCACAGGGACAUUAAGAGUGACAAUAUCCUGCUUGGGAUGGAUGGUUCUGUCAAGCUAACCGACUUUGGUUUCUGUGCUCAGAUCACCCCAGAACAGAGCAAGCGAAGCACCAUGGUUGGGACCCCAUACUGGAUGGCCCCGGAGGUUGUGACUCGGAAAGCCUAUGGGCCGAAGGUGGACAUCUGGUCCCUGGGCAUCAUGGCCAUAGAGAUGAUUGAGGGGGAGCCCCCCUACCUCAAUGAGAACCCUUUGCGGGCCCUAUACCUCAUUGCUACUAAUGGUACUCCUGAGCUUCAGAAUCCAGAGAAGCUGUCCGCCAUCUUCCGGGAUUUCCUGAACUGCUGUCUUGAGAUGGAUGUGGAGAAGAGAGGGUCAGCCAAAGAGCUGUUACAGCAUCAGUUCUUGAAACUCGCCAAGCCCCUCUCCAGCCUCACACCCCUGAUUGCUGCUGCAAAGGAGGCCACCAAAAAUAACCAUUAGAACCCCCAACCCUCCCCAGCAUCCACCUGCCAAGCCUGCUGUGAAACAUUCCCACGGAGACCUUCCAUCCCCGGUGCGCUCCUGGUCCUCACCUUGUUGUUGUCGUCCUCCUCUCCCCGCCUAGAGCUCUUGAGACUGGGAACCUUGGGUAAAGGUCGGCAGAAAUAGCUUUGGUCCAAUGUCAGCAAGAGAUCUGGGAUGGAGAUAGCAAUCCAUCCACUGCUACUCUUGAGCCAAGAGCCUGCCCUCUCUGCCAUGGGCCUGGAGGCAAAGAUUGUGUAUGGAAGGUCCGACAUCUUCAGGGAGAACCGGUGAACCCGAUUUCCACAUAGCAAAAUAUUUUCUUUCUCUCCCUAUCUUUUACUGCCACCCCUAAAGAAAACAGAACCAUUGGGUGCCCUGAUUCCAUGACAGCCCAUCUCUCUCAGUGGUGAAGGCUUCCAUAAUUCUUACUUUCCUAAUCCCAAGCCACAUUUACCAACCUUAUUGUAACUCGAAGACUGGAACAAACUGGAGGAAUGGUGAGCAGCUUUAACCAAAAGGGGAUAGGAGAUGGCUUUGCUUCGGGGAGCCUGACUUGGGCCUCUCUGGCCCAUUGGCGGGUGAGAGCUGGACUCUUCAGUGUUUGUGCGCUGCUUAUGACCAUUGGGAGGACUUGGCCCAAUAAAGGUCCCUGUGCUUUUUUUGUGAACCAGCCUUGCCUAAUGUAACAGUUCUCAAUUUUGCUCCUGUACCAAUCCCCUUCUCCCCCGAAGCUUGCUCCCUCUCAGCAUUAUUUUCUACAUGUUUCGUGCCACUGAGAAGUUUCCAAGGACACGUGUUGGGCGGGAGAAAGCUGGGGGCAGGGAAAUUUGUCGAGCCACUUUUUUCUUCUUUUAGGGUGGUUAUGCCUCUGCCAACUUACCAUGGAUCAUUUUUAGAGAGAACUCAACUUGAUUUCAGCCUAGAAUUUUUAGCUGGACGAUGAGGUUGGCUCUUCAAGGAGAUGAGCCAAAGGGGAGAAUUCAAGUGUCGCCGGAUCUGGGGCAGGCUUGGUUACGCGGAGGACUGGAUAAACUUGGCUUUUACAGUACAAGAAGAAUAGCGUGAGAGGAUGCCUUUGGCAGCUAUGAAGGAGAUGCUGUCCCAUGAGAUGCAUGGCCUGGCUGUUGGCUUUCCAUGUGCAGUUGGAAUGGUUGGCUCACAUCUACCCCACCCAUAGUCUGUUCUCCCAACCUCGACAGGACCUGGGCUGGCAUUGUUAGCCGUGGCCUCCCAUCAGGCCCUUUGGCCACAGAGUCCUACUCCAAAGGCGUCCCAGACUCCGUAGCACAAGUUUCUAUUUCCUUCAAUAAAAGGAGAUGAAAAUACUA